UGGCCAGCCCUGAACUAUACAUUUUAAACAAGUAAAUUGUUCAAAGGGCCCAGAAUAUUUAUUAUUAACUAUCCAGGAAGGAUCUUUCUUGUAUAAAAGUGCUUCCCAGGGCUUCCACAAUUACAAUGGAGAAGGAAGCUGGGGAGGAAUCAAGGCUGGGCAGAUCUGCUCCUCCCAAGGACUUCCGCUUUUAUCAUAUGGAUCUGUAUGACUCUGAAGACAGACUUCAGAUCUUCCCAGAAGAAAACACUAGGAUGAGGAGAGAAAUAGUCCAGACUGAAAUGACCAAAGAGCCAAGAGGGGCAGGAGAAGGUAAGGCUCAAAGAGACCUUCAAGAGGAAGUGGAUGAACUUGUGCAUUUAUAUGGACUUGAAGAUGAUCAUGAGUUAGGGGAUGAGUUUGUUGAUGACAACAUGCCCAUAAUAGGGGUUUCGGAAUAUCCUCCUUAUGCGAUGAAGAGGAGAGACCAAGCCAGGGAGCAGAGAGAUUGGAGACUUAGUGGAGAGGCAGUGGAAGAUGAGGACAUGAGCUACGGGGCAUGGGGUCCGGUGGGCCAGUGCCAGGACUUGCAGGAAGCCUAUAGGUACACACAUGGCCGCUCCAGCGAGGAGUAUGAAUGCUACGUCAUCCCAGAAGAGGAGGACGAGGAAGAAGCUGUUGAUGUCUUCUGUGUCACUUGCAAAAUUCCAGUAAGAGCUGUUGAGAAGGAUUUUGAGGAACACAAGGAGCAUGAAGUGAUCCCACUCAAUAAAGCACUGGAAAAUGCCAAGGAGGAAAUUCACAAAAACAUGUACAAAUUAGAAAAGCAGAUUAUCGAGAUGGAAAAUUUUGCAAGUCACUUGGAGGAGGUCUUCAUCACUGUGGAGGAGAAUUUUGGAAGACAAGAACAAAACUUUGAGUCACAUUACAAUGAGAUCUUGGAAACACUUGCUCAAAAAUAUGAAGAAAAAAUACAAACUCUGGGGGAGAAAAAGAAAGAGAAGCUGGAAGCCUUAUAUGAACAACUGGUCAGCUGUGGAGAAAACCUUGAUACCUGUAAAGAACUGAUGGAAACAAUAGAGGAGGUGUGUCAUGAAGAGAAGGCUGAUUUCAUAAAGGAUGCAGUGGCUAUGGCUGACAGACUCGGGAAAUUCCUGAAAACAAAAACGGACAUGGAAAUCUCUGCACAGCCUGACUUUGAAGACCAGACCUUGGACUUCUCUGAUGUGGAGCAGCUGAUGGGCUCCAUUAACACUAUAUUAGCUCCUUCUGCUCCAGUGAUAAACCCACAGGCCCCUAACUCAGCCACGGGUUCUUCGGUCCGAGUUUGCUGGAGCUUAUACUCCGAUGACACUGUGGAGAGUUAUCAGUUGUCCUACCGGCCAGUGCAGGACAGUUCACCUGGGAAGGACCAGGCAGAGUUUACAAUGACCGUCAAAGAAACAUAUUGCUCAGUGACAAACCUUGUGCCAAAUACCCAGUAUGAGUUUUGGGUCACAGCUCAGAACAAGGCUGGCCUCAGCCCCUCCAGUGAGCGUGCAGUGUACAUGACAGCACCUUCUCCCCCCAUUAUAAAAAGCAAAGAGAUAAGGAGCUGCGAAGAGGCUGCAGUGAUCUGCUGGGAGUCUGGGAACCUGAACCCUGUGGACUCGUACACACUGGAGCUGACCCAGGCAGAAACGCUGGGAGCCUCGGGAGUAACUGAGUCUGUUGUGGGCAUCCCAACCUGCGAGUCCCUGGUGCAGCUGCAGCCCAGGCAAAGCUACACGAUCUUCGUACGAGCCCUCAACGUGGGAGGCCCCAGCGUGAGGAGUGAGCCUGCUACAGUCCACACCACAGGAAGCUACUUCCACCUGGACGAGGACACCUGCCACCCCUGGCUGACCAUUUCUGAAGAUGGGUUUACGGUGCUACGAAGCGAAAGGAAAACCCCGGCACCGGAGCCGCCACGCGGCAAGACCCGGUUUACCAGGUGUGUUGCUGUCAUGGGAAAACUAAUUCCAUUCCGAGGGCGCCAUUACUGGGAGGUGGAGGUGAAUGAGCAUUUGGACUACACAGUUGGUGUGGCCUUUGAAGACGUCCCUAAACAGGAGGACCUGGGAGCAAACUGCCUCUCCUGGUGCAUGAGGCACACAUUUGCAUCAUCAAGGCAUAAGUAUGAAUUUCUGCACAACGGGACAACUCCAGAUAUAAGAAUAACAGUUUCUCCCCAAAAGAUUGGCGUUUUAUUAGACUACGAAAAGUCAAGGUUGUCGUUUUUCAAUGUGGACACUUCUCAGCACCUAUACACACUCAGUUGUCAGCUUCACCGAUUUGUGCAUCCCUGUUUCUCUUUGGAAAAGCCUGGGCGUCUAAAGAUACAUAAUGGUAUUCCAAUGCCAAAUCAUGUCACUUUCUAUUAGACCACUCUGAUGACGUUUCCCGUCUCUCUUUUGUACCUAGCCCUCUCUCAGCCAUUUGUGCCUCAGCUGGCUGAACUUUGCAUUCAAGCACCAUGUGCCCAGCACAUGUUAAAACCUGGCAGACUGAUGUGCUGGCACUCACUUCGCCUGACCCAGACUCUAGUCCUGUGCACUGCUGCCUGCGUGGCACUAGGGUAGUCAUUACCAGGCUCAGCUAUAAAGUGAGGGCUCACACUAAAUGAACCCAAAGGUCUAUCAAGUUGUCAAAUUGUAUUUGUCUAUUUGUAUUUAUGCAAAGUAUCUUGAGUCUCAAGGCCUACAGAGCUUAGGGAAGGGAGAGAGAAGUCUUAAUGGCUCCAACAGCCCCAAUACACUCAUGACAUUUCGUGAGUCAGCCAAGACAGACUUGAGAAAGCAAGAGGCUGUCCACAGAGAACCAAGGAAGCCAUGUGCCUGUCUCAAUGCUUUCUAUGCUCCUGUUCUCCCAAUAGUUAGAAGCACUGUGGUGAGGUUCCUCCCACUUUACACUCUUUAUAACACCCUUUACUUUAACUGAACUGCUUUCAUCUCCUACUGAACUCUUCCUACUUUUAGUAAACAGCAGCUCAGAUACCCAAAUUAACAACUCACCGUGACAAUUUUAUAGCUCAUUACAUACACAUGCCUGCCCUGCUAAGCUGGAUCACCUACCAUGAAAUAAGGAAGGUACAGCAGAUGUAAGCACAGAAAUGGCUCAAGUUAUAAACAAUUAAAAUAUACAUAUGUGUAUAAUCAAAAUUGUUCUCAGCUACUGAAGUAGAAACUACUGAGUAGGAAAUAUGAUACCACAGAUAAGACAAGUCUGAAUUCAGGCUUUAUGGAGUACUUCACAUGUAAUAUGAACAUGGAUAAAGGGAUUAAAAACUCCACACCUAUAAGGUUUUGAUAAAAUUUUUAUUUGACCAAGAAAAAACUGUCUAAAAUUUUCUUUGACAUUUAAAAUCCACUUAAUUUAAACAGGGCAGAUAACCAACUUCAAGUAUCACAAUUAUUUAGCAUAAAGAACCUUUAUUUAAACAUCUUCCUCAUCUUCUACAAGAAGAAAAAAAUAAGUCUAGAACAGAACCAAAGAAAACUUUUGUUUUUUGUAAAAUAUUCCAGUUCCUUAAAAUACCAUGAACAAUCUGCCAAAACUAAAUUUGAAAAAACCGCAAGAUUUACCUCAAGGUCAUGGUCACCUGCAACCUGCUGAUAAAUCUGUUAAAAAACAAAAUAGAAAAAGAUUUUUUAAAAAUUAGACUAUUGUAGCCACAAUCCCUUAUACUGGGCAGCUGAAACAAAAGACAUCAAAAUCUGUUCUUUUCUAAGCUUUACCUGUUACUUUAUGACUCCUGAGCUUUGGCUUCCCCACCCUAACAAAAGGGAAAGAAUAUGUAAAACAACCAUAGAAUCUUGAUGUAAACUAACAUGGGUUUGGUAAUUCAGAAUAUUCAGAAUUUAAGGCACCCGGAUUAGAUGGCAUUGGAAAGUUGGCUAGAGAUUUGGAAUAUAAAAUCAUGUUGAUUUCUGGUAAAAUUAAAUUGCUUUUUAUUUAGAAAAAUGUAUGUUUAAUAAUUGACUUCCUGCUGGCUCAAACAAUGCACAAUCACUUGUACACAUCUAAUAAAAGAUUUCUGAAGCAUGUACUUCAUCGUCAGUAUAAAGCAGAGCAAAUGCAUAAGCACUGGAGCCUUUUUCUUAAUACUUCUCAUCCUCCAAAAUUUGUUAAAACAUAAUCUUGCACAACUCACACGAUGGAAGCUGCCCACAGCACAAUUCACUGUGAUGUGGUAUUCUAUAAAGAAGACUAUAUUGGUCUCUAUCCAAGGAGAUUCCACUACCAGAAAACUUUCUAGACUAUGAAGACUUCACUAUAGGAAAAGUCCUCUCCUCAACUUACCAAAACAACUUCUCUAAUUUCUAGUUACCUUCCUAUCAGUUAGUAGAGUGAGAUUCUCAUGUGUUCACUAUGUCUUUCUUUACGUUUCUCAUCUAAAGUAUUAUUCCUAUUUUCUAUAGUAACACAAUGGAAAUUGUAUAAUUGCUGUUGGUAGAUAAGUAGGUCUUGAAUUUAUUUCGCAAACAAGACCUGUUCUAUCUACCUUUUCAUUUAGGAGGCUGAAAGCAGAGUCAGCUUGACUUCAAGGACUCUAUUUUCUUAGUCUCCAGAAGAACAUGACCAAGUCCAGCUUUUAAAACACUGUCCUUUAACAUGUCAAGAUACUAAAGGCAAGAUAAUCUAUAACUUCAAGCUUUAAGAGAUUUGAGGUCUUUAGAUAUGCUCGCUUCACUGCAACCAAUGGUUAAUUAAUCUAAAUGCAAGAUAAGAGUUUGUUAUUUAGAUAGAAGCCCCCACCUGGUCAGCAUCUUUUCUGUUACUAGAAAUUCUCCUGGAAGCAGCAUGACUGUGACCUGGACACAACUGCCCCUAAGUUAGUAAUGAUUUUAGAGUUGCUACUGAACAGGUGCUGGUUUUUGUCAUGUAUGUCAUGUCCAACUACUUCACUGCUUGUUUUCUGCUGUCGCCAAUCCCAGAAAAAAAUUAAGCCCAACUCACUGACUGAUUACUUUUUCUUCAUUUUCCCAGACUCAGAAUCAGUUUUUUCUGUGCUAUUUUUACUUACUCAAACCCUGGUGGAAUUAAACUACCAUUUAUUUAAAUUGUACAAAUUAAACACCUUGCAGCUGACUCAACAUGCAGUCACUCAGACAUAGCAAAUAAAAAUGUUUUUGUAGUA